AUGCCGGUAAGUAACAUCUUUUGGCAGCUUAGGCACUGUCUAGGAAAUGAUGAAUUAACUUUGACGCGUCGAUUAGCUGAUCCCAGUACGUAUGCGUGCGUUGGUGACAACAGUUGUGUUUAUCAUAUGUCAAACACGGCUUUCCCCGGCUUGGUAGGAUGUUGCUCGGGCAAUGACUGUGGGUUCUCGAGCACUUGUUACAAUAGCGCCAAAGUCGCUGCAAAUCCAUCUGUUCUUUCAGGCAACACAGCCUUCGCACUUUUCUGCACAGAAUCCACAGCAGCAGAGUGUGGGACGUACACAUGGGGGGAUGCCGACCUAACCGACUUCCAGUGUGAUAGCACUGCCUACCUGUCAAAUAUCUACACCAAGGGAACCUGGGGAGGAACUGCGGAUGGGACAAUACUCCUGGCGACUCAAUAUAUUUCAACCAUGGGCGAUGAAUUCAUGAGCACGUACUUAUCUUCAUUUGAUGUGUCAACCUCAAUAUCAAAACCAAACCGUCAAGCGUCGCUCACGGGAUCUACGACUGCGACUACAACCGCCGCACAACCAACCACAGCCAACUCUGGCAAUUCCGGCUCACCGACAUCUGCUGGCACAAUUGCGGGUAGCGCUGUUGGGGGUGUUGCUGGCGCCGGUGCUAUUGGAGCCAUUGCCGUCUUCCUGCUUAUGAGGAAGAAGAAGAAACAGCGCCAGCAAAAUCGGUCGAAGACGUUAGGGCAAAAUGUGUACCAGUCCGCACCAGAGGACCAGUCCGGCCAAUCUACAUGGGAAAUUCAACAACCUUUUGAGGUUGAGAGUCACCCAGCCUCCAGCCUUAGAAAGGUUCAAGAAGGUAGUCCUGGCAGUGCGCCACAGGAAAUCGAUUCCAAACCCUUUAUUGCCGAGUUACCAGUGCCGGACGAUGGAAGGCGUCAUUAUAAGUAA